AUGGCUUCGGAACCAGAUUUUGACGACGAUUUUUUCCUGGACAGGAACCAUGCGGAUGUUCAUCGAGAAGGGGAGGAUGAGCAUGAGCGACGCUUCAGAGAGGCGUGUAGGGAAAUAAAAGACAUCAGAAGGCAUUUUGACGAAAGUGAUGUUGACGAGUUCUUCACUAAAUAUGGCGAUGUUGUUAAUCAGCGCUCGAAGAAAACUACGGCCAAUCUUCUCCACACGCUUGUCGACGUGGUUACGCACAAUGAAGUUCAACCAAAACACAUUGAGAUUCUAGUCCGAAGAGUGGUUGAGAAUUUUCCGGAUUUGCUGACGCAUCCAAAUGAGGAGACAUAUAAUCCAAUUUUCCUGGCGAUCAAAGCCUCUCAAAAAGGCUCUCACGAUGAGCUGGUCGAUUAUAUGAUAACAACGUGUGCUUCGAAAACGGAGGACACUCCGCAUGGGCGGUCACUCAAUUACGCUUUGAGUAUGAAGAUGAAGGAUGGCAAAACCUGUCUUCAUCUUGCGAUAGCAAAGCAGCUGAGCCCAAAGACAAUCAAGGCACUUAUUGAGUAUGCCAGUGACGAGGCCCUGGCUGUGCAAGACGAGGAUGGCAAGACGCCAAUGCAUCAUGCGACGCUCUUUAAGAGUUGCACAGAUACUGGAAUAGAGCUCAUUAAGCUCUUUCUUGAGAGAGACAUUCGAAUAAGGCAAUCUAAACUCAGACCUCCAAAGACGUUUCUUGAUGCCACUGAUAAUAGUGGUGCGUCAGUCUAUUGGCAACUUCAGACGAAUAAAACCUCUGUCACCAAUGCCUACAAUGACUGGUUAGCAAAGAAACUAUCGGCAGAUACUAGUAAAAAGAGCCAACAGCCUAUUCACAGAGAGCGCGCCAAAGCAUCGCUAAUUGGAGAUAAUACGCCUCAGAUGGGUUCAAGGCUUUCAAGAUCUAGCGCAUUUGUUGAACCUGUUGACCGAAACGGUCAAGAUUAUGAGGUUAGCAUUCUUGAUAUCCGGGAAAAAGAACGCGGAAUGAAGAAAGAUGAUCGUUUCACGCAACCUGCAAUGUCUACAAUAGCUGCUGAGAUAAAGAAGCGCGGAGCGGAGAACCGAAACACUAGUCAGGAUCGAUCAAAUAUGCUCAAUGGAGGGUAUUCAGGUAUGGGAGGGUUUGUAGAUGAUAGAAACAUCCCAGAAAUUACACCCAAUAUCUCACUCAAACGGAGAGGUACGGAAAAUCUGGAGACAACUCAAGGCAAAGAGAAGGAAAGAGUGGCUUCUAAUUCUAAUUCGGCUCCAAAGAAGCCUAACUCAUCUGAAUUUAUGCCGGUCCUGAUCAAAAACUCGAAUGCUAUACUCCUCGAUCUGAAAAUCCAUUAUCUGAGGACUAGAAGCACUGAAUUAGCAAUAUCCUUCUUACAUGGCUCCAACAUGCAAGACAUACAUAUCAGCUUCGACUAUGAUAGUUUACCAAGGAAAUUGCUUUGGCACGAAUUUCUUAAACGUUUUGGUUCGUCCAAGAGUGGUCGCCUCACCUUUGACAAUGUACUUCAAUAUGUGACACUUCCAAGGGUUUCAGUCAAUGUCACAGGCCGACUUGCAGAUAUUGAGCGAGAAGCAGAAGAAGAAUCUGGAUUGCGCCAAAUUGGGGCCCUCGGGCGCAAAGAUGCAAAGUAUUUUCUUGACUGGCUGUUUGAUAAGGGUGUACGACAUAUUAUCAGUCUGUCCGUGGAAGACGGUGGACGAUCUGACGAGAAGGUCCAUAGCGAUCAAGUUAUUCAAGAGUCACUUGAGAGACUAAUCGUUGAGCAUCUCGAUUGGCAAAAGAUUGACUUGGACCCUGAGACGAUACUACGCGUGGGGUGUAAAAUUAUUCAGCAAGACGGCUCAUAUACGAUAUCUGAGAGUGACCAAAUAAGUACUCCACUGGUAUCGCAGCAUCUGAGACAACUUUCUUUGAGGUGGAGCGGCAGCAAUGCUGUGCUUCGUUCUUGGAGCGAACCUGAUGGGCUCGUUCUGUUACCGCAAUUGCAAAAAAUAAAAUUGGUUAAGCCAUCUCCAGCCAAGGAUUAUGAUAGCCCGCAAUGGAUUAGUAGAAUUGUGAACGACUUUCAAAAAAGGCUUAAUUCUAACAGAAAGACAAUCCGAGAUCGUUUGUUUACGGCUUCAGAUACGGAGAGCACAUCGCUUAACAUGACAUAUGGAAGUGUUGAAGUUACGAUGGUCAACUCGGACAAUGAAGAAGAGAAAAUUUCGACAUCCGACACUGAGCUUCCAUUUACAACGCCAUCCAUUGUCAGAGAUGUCAACCCGCACAAAUGGCUGGACACCACCGCAAGAUUCGCAAGUGAAAUGACCCCAUUCUGGCAGAAAACAGUCAAAGAAUUUCUUUCAGCAAAAGGCAACCCGGCCACUACUGAGGGAGUAGAAACCGAUGUCAUCGUGGCGCUAAUAGAUGAUGGCGUCGACAUGUUUGACACGGCCCUUUCCGACAGGGUGGUUGAGGGUAAGAGUUUUGACUAUCAUGACGGGAAGGUCAGGCCUCCGUUUUCUUCAGCUCAAGGCCAUGGGACUGUCAUGGCUAGCAUGAUCCUAAGCAUGUGUCCGAUGGCCAAAGUGUAUCCAAUACGGCUCAGGACACAUCUUAAUGCCAACGGAAAGAGAAAUAUUGACGCAGACUAUGCAGCGCAGGCUAUACAAGCUGCUUUAAAUAAGAAGGCUACUAUCAUCUCAAUGUCUUGGACGUUACCAAUGCCAAAGGAUAAGAGUGGAUCGAAAUCUCGAUUACACACUGUUCUACAAAAGGCCGUCGACAGAAAAGUGCUCAUGUUUUGCUCAGCGCCUGAUGAUGGGAAAUUUACAGAGCUAGACUAUCCCAGCGGUCCAUGGCCCGACCAUUUCUUCCGCAUUGGCGCUGCAGCGGCAGAUGGAACUAUUUUCAAAUGGACUCCCGACGUUGGCAUCACGUACGUUUUGCCAGGCGUUGAAGUGGUUGUGAACCGCAGUCUACACGCUAGAGAAAGACUUACCAAACGUGUUGGUGACGUCGAGUACGAGACAGGAUCCAGCGUCGCUACCGCACUCGCAGCUGGUCUUGCUGCCAUGAUCAUUUACUGCAUCAAAGCGAGUAUCUUGUCGACGAAGUUGGUGAACCAAAACAGAGAUCCGAUUGUGGGAAUUGCCAUUGCGGACAACGAUGCAAAUAUGAUUGCGAAUCCUGAAGCAAUGAAGAGGGCAUUUGCUCGCCUGGGUCGGGUCACGAGUGCCAACUUUAUUCAAAUCUGGGAGAAGCUGGAUCAUGUUAGCGAUACUCUUGAAGUUUUGAACGGGAGAGAGCUGAAACCAGAGGAAAGGCUGAAAUAUCUGAAGCAAUUUAUUGACUUUGGAUGUGACCUUGCAAGUUCGAUCCGAGCGUAA